AUGAACGUAGCUGUUUUGACUCGUCGAGACAUGGCCGCUGCUCCCAUCAACAGGCUGCUGAAGUGGCUGGCUGUAGCUGACGUCUUCGUCAUGUUGGAAUACGUACCAUUCGCCAUUUACAGAUAUUUGGUUCUGCCUGAGAAAUUAGAUUUCCCCUACUCAUGGGCGGUUUAUCUACUAUUCCACAUGCACUUCGCUCAGAUCCUGCACACGGCGUCGAUAUGUCUCACUUUGUCCCUCGCCAUUUGGAGAUACAUCGCUAUAAAAUAUUCAGAUAGGAGUCACAUACUCUGCACAGAAAGGCGAUGCAGCAUAGCUAUUUUAUCCAGUUUUAUACUACCUCCAAUACUUUGUAUACCAACAUUCAUGGUAUUCGAUAUUCAUACCAAGAACGUCACCGAUGGCCACGGAGGUUACACUAAAGCAUAUCACCUCGACACUGACUAUGAAGGCACCUUAUACCAAGCAAAUUUCUGGGUGCACUCGGUCCUGAUCAAACUUCUUCCAUGUUCUAUCCUAACAGUGAUCAGUGUCUGGUUAAUAAAAGCACUUUACAAAGCGAACCAACACCAGAAACAAAUAAGGAAUUACAACGCUUGUUCAGCCGCUGAGAACAUGAUAAAACGUCAAAAUAAAGCUGACAAGAGAACUGAUCGAACGACCAAAAUGUUACUCGCAGUGUUACUGUUGUUCCUGUUAACGGAACUACCACAGGGCAUACUCGGUCUGAUGAGCGGCUUGCUGGGAUGGUGCUUCUUCAAGAUGUGCUACAAUAGGAUAGGAGAAGUGAUGGAUAUUUUAGCUCUGUUGAAUGGUUCGAUCAAUUUCAUCCUCUACUGCUCUAUGUCGAGGCAGUUUAGACAGACUUUUAGACAAUUAAUACUUCAAGCGCCGCUCAACAGGAUUCUUCCACCGACAGCAUCUCAUACUGACUCCCACAAUCAGAAUACGUAUGUAUUUUUUAUGCAAAUUCUAAUUCUAGUAUAA